AUGACAUCCUCGAGCGCUGUGGAAGAUGAACGACUAACCGACUCGGAAUUAUCCGAUGACGAGGAGCGCAAAGUUGAGAUUAAGCCGGAGGAAGUGCGUCCGCCAACGCCGCGUCCCACGUACACAGAUGAAGAGCUCAAUCAAUUGGUUGAGUAUAUACAACGGAUGACGCUGCUCUACGCACUCACACAACAGGAUUGGCGUGAGGAACCGCUGGAUAUGAUACGUCGUUGGCUGCUGGAGGUCAAUGAACCGUUGCUAAGCAUUUGGUAUGAGGGAAACAAGCUCAGUGCUUGUCUGGGCUUUCCCACGGAUCACGUGGAUGACAUUAGCUAUUUUCUGCGCGGCGAACCGAAUGAGAUCUUCACAGUUGAUGGGUUCCACGACGAGAUUCAUUUUGGGAGUAUUCACAGCGAUGUGGACGCUAGUCUCAUGUGUCUGCUGGAGCGUUUCUAUGCGCCCAUCUUUCGCAACUACAGCGACUGGAAUCCAACAGUUCGCUCACGCUUCUGUGCCAGUCUGGACAGGCUGUUGGCCUUUAUGUUUGCCAUGAACGCCAAGAUUGGCGGCAUCUCGUCGCUGUAUGUCCCCUUUGUGCUGCAUCAGAUUGGCGGCAAGCCGAUUGUCUGCGACAGGCCAUUGUUUAAGAAUCUAGAGAGCAUUGCAGUCUACUGGACCACGCAGAUUCGCACGGUGCUCGGCGAUCGCACGCUGAUGGUGCCCCACGAACUGGCCACAGUCAACGAUGAGUUCGAGUUCUGGGAAUAUCGUUUGGAGGUGCUGCAGGGCAUGAACUCGCAGCUGGCCCAGUUUGACGUGCAGCGUGUCUUUAAGGUGCUGCGCCAAUGGCAAUCUGUGCACAUGACCCAAAUUGGGGAGCUGCUCGAGGCUGGCCAGCAGGAGCAACUCUUGGCCAUGUCGAACAUAAAGUUUCUGCAUCUGCUCGUGGAGCCAUGUGCCAAAAUCGAUGUGGCAGCCACGCCGGCCGCAGUGUCGCAACUGCUGCCACACAUUAUACAACUGAUGCGCUUCAUCUGGACACACUCGGAGCAUUAUGCGAGCAGUGAUCGGAUUACGAUACUCUUUCGCAAUCUGAGCAAUCAGAUAAUCAAAUACUGCACAGAGCAGAUAGACUUGGAUAUUAUAUUGACGGGUCGUCCACGCUUGGGCAUCAAGAUGUGCAACCUGUCGCUGGAGUGUUGCAUGGCCUACAAGGAGCACGUGCAUCGCUUGCAGCAGAACAUUGGCUGGCAACUCCAACUGGGCAACAUAUUCAAUCAGAUCGACGCGUUCAUGGAGCGUCUCGGCGAUCUAAUGGAUAUAUGCGAGGCAAUGAUUGUGUUUGGCCGCCUGGAUGAGAACGAGAAGCUGGAGAGGACCCAGUUUAGUGGCACCAGUGGCGAGCAGCUUGAGAAGAUUGCGGGGCGUGUGGAGCAGCAGUUUCUCGUUGCACUCAAUCAACUGCGCUGCAAUGGCUCCAAGCACCUCAUGCUCAACGUGCACCGUGCCGAGUGGUAUGAAAAGGUGUCCAGUUAUCGGAGGAGCGUGCAACGCAUGGAGGAGACACAGCAGCGACUGAUUGCCAACGUGUUUCGCUGUGUGUGCAACGUGGAGGAGUCACUGGAGGCAUUGAAUGUCAUGCUGUACUACUCGUAUCAUGCCACACUGCGCAAGUGCUACUUGCGGCAAGUUACUCGCGUGUGGCAACUGUUCAGCGAGGAUAUGGAUGCGACAAUGCGGCAAUUGUUGCUGCAACAACGCUCGCAGCGGCAUCAAUCGUGGUUGCCGCAGCAUGUUGCACACACGCUCGGCUAUCGCAUCAACUUGGAACGUUUGCGCUGGCUACGCAAUCGCUUGGCUCAGAGCAGCUCCUCCUGGUUGCCAGCGGUGCCGCAGACCGCCCAAGUGCUGGAGAAGUUUGAGCUGCUGCGCGAACAAUUCGAGCGCCAGAUGCAAGUCUCCCACGAGCAGUGGCAACAAUUGUAUGCCACUUGUGGCCCGCAUCUUGGCCAGAAACUGGAGCGUUAUUUGCUGCUGCGCAAAUCGUGGCUGCAGUGCAACAUAGAUGUUGGCAUCUUGGACAUUUGCCAGCAGGCCGAGCACUUUGAGAGAUUGGCCUUUGCGUUGCCGGUGGCAGUGCGGAAGAUCUACGAGCGACAGGAGCAGCUUCGAUCGGUUUAUUGCAGUGUGUCGCAGCUGUGCCUGGACUACAAUCGCCUCAUGUUGCGACUGACUGCCAGGGAGAGGAAGCUGUUCCGGCCCCUGAUUCAGGCCUGUGAUCGUCAGCUGGCGCCGGGCAUUUUUAAGCUGAGCUUUGGCUCCGUUGCUGGUGAUGGCGACACCAAUGCCGGCUAUGCCCAGUGGCUGGAGGAUUGCGUGUGGUAUGUGGACCAACUGCGCCAAGUCAUGCAGAUCUACAAGCGUGCGAACAGGCAAAUUGUUCGCUGCUGCGAACGCAUCUGCGACACGUCCAUGUUGCGUCUGAAUUUUAGUGGCGCCGUUGAGAUUUCCGUGUUUGAACAACAGCUCAGCAGUGGACUCAAUCGGGGCAACAGUGCCUUACGCAAGUACUACAACACCAUCGUCGAGCUGAUGCUGGCCGUGUCGGAGGAGUUUGACGACGUCAAGGAUGAGCUGCCGAGGGAAUGGCAUCAAUAUGUGAAUGUCUUUGAUGAUAUGCUGGCGAGUGCUUUUAUGAGCUGUGCGCGCAGCUCGCUGGAGUUGCUGCUGGAGGCGUUGCACUGCGAGGAGGACAUGUCGCCCGCACCCAUUCUGGUGAUGGAGUCCGAUGUGAAGGAGGCGCAGAUAGUCCUUUUGCCCGAUAUGCCAACAAUUGGCGGAGUGCUGCGUGGGAUUGUUGAUCGCGUGCAGAGCCUGGUGGAUCAGUUUCCACGUUUGGGGCAGAAGCUGAAGCUGCCCCGGGAGCAGAGACGCCCGAAUUUUGCGAGAGCCUUUCGCGAUGAUGCCGAAUGCUCGGAGCUGGUGCGUCGCAUUGAGGCAGAGAUUGCGGGGCAGCAGCAACAUAUUGGCGACUACAUUGCCCACUGGCAGCAGCACCGGGCACUCUGGGAGAUGACCGAGGAGGCUUUCACUCAGCGCCUUCUCGCGAGCGCCAAGACUGCCGGGGUCUUUGAGGGCGGCAUCGAGCAUUAUAGCUCGCUGGCCGAUGAUAUAUCCUUUGUGGAUGCCAUUGCCCAUGUGCACUUUGUGCUCAUCAAUCAGAAUCCCAUCAAGAGCACCCUGCUCGACUGGAUCGAGAAGUGGCAGGCGCUGAACAUCAAACUGCUGCUCAAUCAUGCUACAUACCUAAUUCAAUCUGUCUAUCGCUAUAUGUCACGCAAUGAGCAGAAGGUGAUGCGAGUGCCUCGAACCCACAGCGAGUCCAUCGUUGCCCAUCAGCUGUUUGAGCGCCUCGUUCGCGCCGUGCCCCUGAAGCAGAUGAGAUUCACGCCCAUGCUGGAGCUGUUUGUGCUCCUCCACAAAUAUCGUGUGACAAUUGCAGAGCAGACCCACCAGCAGGUUCUCGAACUGGAGCCCAACUGGCUGCACUAUCUGCAGACGCUCCACGAAGCGGAUGAAUUGCUCGAGAACGAGGACGAGGCGCACAAGAUCCUGCUGGCCCAGCAGGCCGAUAAGUUUAAGCUGAUCUUGAAAGAAUUUCACGAGGACUUCUUCUCAAAGCUGCCCAAAAAAUAAGUCUAAAAAUCCAUAAGGCAUAUGGAUACUGACUGUCUUUUUAUUAUAAAAAUACUUAGCACAUAA